AUUCCUGCCGCGUCCCGUCCCGUCCUGUCCCGCCACGCCGAGGCAGGCUGAGGCGGAGAGGCGGCCAUGAGCGACCCGGUGGUGUGCAGCUACCUCACCGAGACCCUGUGCGUCAAGGGUGGGCGGCUGGGGCUCGCAGAACUCCAACAGCACGUCGGCCUCUCGGAGCAGCAGCUGCGAGAGACUCUGCAAGCGGCGGGCCCCGAGCGUUUCCUGCUGCUGACGGGCUCCGGGAAAGAGCCGGAGGUGCUGGCCCUGACGGCCGUGCGGGUCUGUCCGCGCAAGCAGUGCGAGGGCUGCGACCGCCUGCACCUCUGCAAGCUGCACCUUAUGGGCAGGUGCGGCCGGCGCGACAGAGAUUGUAAGUACUCUCAUGACAUCACCAGUGCCGAGAACAAAAAAGUUCUGAAGACUCAUGAGUUAUCUCGCCUAAGUGAGAGUGAGCUGCGAAUCCUGCUUCUCCAAAAUGACCCUUUCCUUCUUCCUGAUGUCUGCCAAUUUUACAACAACAAGGCUAAUAGAUGCAGUGAGACAUACAACUGCAGCAAGCUUCAUAUUUGUCGACACUUUCUCCAUGGUGGAUGUAAAUUUUUUCCAUGCAAGAGGUCCCAUAACUUUUUGGAUUCCCAUGCACUGAGAUUGUUGAAAAAUGGAGGCAUUGAUGAGAAGAUGGCUUUAAACAUCCAGAAUAUAUAUGAUCAUAAACAUGCAGAGCUCCACAAAAAGGAAAAACCUUAUCACCACCAUCCUGUCUACAAACCAAGGGAAACUUCAGAGGAAAACCUAACAAAUAAAAGUAGCGAAGAACAGAAGCCAUCUUUUGAAACAGCUGAGGUCUCCACAGUGCAUGUGCCAACUUCAGAAGAUCCCAGCAGCAACAAAACUCAUCAGAACAAACUUCACUUGCUAACAGGCACCAGAAGUAAAGUCGAAGGUAAAAAAGAUGAUUCCUCUGCAAGCUCUUUGAAGGACAAUAAAGAAGAUAAGUGUGACGAGAUAUGCUUGUUCUAUGUCUGGAAGUACUGCAAACAUAACGAGCAAUGCAAAUCAGUUCAUUACCAUUUGCCAUACAGAUGGCAAGUAUAUAAUGGGAUCACCUGGAAUGACCUAUCCAUGAUGGAAGAAAUUGAAAAGGCCUAUUGUGACCCAAAAAACAGCAGUAUAGCAGAUAUGAGUAUUAAUUUCCAGACGAUGACCUGCUCCUCGUCUUUGGUUCGGCGCCUCUCUACACCAUCAUCUGUUGUAAACCCCACAUUUGUACUGACUACAAAGUGGAUUUGGUAUUGGAAGAAUGACCAAGGCCAGUGGACUGAAUAUGGAACACAGGGAGAACAGAAUAUUGGGAAUUCGCCGUCAUCUGACAUACUUGAGAAUUUGUAUCUGGCAGAUCCAGAAACGAGUAUACAAUUCCAAGUUGGCUUGUAUUAUUACCAACUCAGUUUUAAAGAAAUGACCCAAUUAAACACCUCUUCCAAAACAAAAAGACAGGUCUGCAGGCGACCAAAGUUUGUGUCGUAUGAAGAAGUGCAGAAGAUAAAGGAAAGAGGUCAGAGGGAUGAUUCUAUUUCAAAUCAAGCCUGUCCACCUCACUGGGAUCAAUCUGCACUGCCUGACUUUGGAUACAAGGAAGUGGAGAUCAGUAAUAUUUCCUCUGAAUACCAAGAAAUAAAGAAGCAGUUUGAGCAGACUAUGACAAACUACAUCAUCAUUAAAGUACUCAGGAUUCAGAAUCCAUCCCUCUGGAAAGUGUUUCAGUGGCAAAAGGAGCAGAUGAAGAGACAAAGUGGAGGGAAGGAAGUAAAGGAAAGCCUUCUGUUCCACGGAACCAUGGGAUGCCCCCUGGAAGACAUCUGCCGUCACAACUUUGACUGGAGAACUUGUGGGAGCAAUGGAAAGCUCUAUGGGAAGGGAAGUUACUUUGCCAGAGAUGCUUCCUAUUCUCAUGGAUACUGUCAGUCUGCAGGAAAAUCAACUGUCAUGUUCAUGGCUCGUGUUUUGGUUGGAGAUUAUGCUAAAGGCAGGGCAGACUAUGUUCGCCCCCCAGCAAAGUCGGGUGAUGGGUUUCGGCUUUAUGAUAGUUGUGUGGACAACGUGGCAAGUCCUUCAAUUUUUGUUGUCUUUGAAAAAAAUCAAAUUUACCCAGAGUAUCUAAUAGAGUAUAAGAAAGCGCAACAAAAAUGCAUUAUAUCUUAGAGUGAUCAGAGUUGUUUGUAUCCCUCAUGUUAUUUUCUGCAUUGCAGAUGUCUUCACACUUCUUUUUUAAUACGCUACUUUGACACGUUAAUCCAGAGAAUUUCUAUAUUGAAGAGUGUUGGCAAACCAAAUGCUAUAUUUGUUGAAACUAAUUGACUUACAUUUUUCUUUUACUCUUCCAAAUGAAGCUUAGAUAUUUGGAUAGCUAUAGGAGAAAAAUCAGAACUGUAGGACAGGAAAUUGAAUAUUAGAAUUUCUGAGGGUCAGUAAGUGUAAACUCAUUUUCUUGGGAAUAAGAUUUCCAAGAGAAAAAUUAACAGUAUGGUAGUUUUUAAGCAAACUUAUAUUGUUAAUGGUUCUCAAGUUUCUUAUGGUGUCCUGCAGCGCUGAAGGCUUUGUGGAGAACUGAAGAUCCUUUUCAACGCAGAGUACAACCGUACUUGAUCCUCUUGUCUAUCACAAAUCUAAAUGUGUCAACAUAAACUUGCUGAGGCCAAAGUAAUUGUCACUUUCUGAUAAGCUUUACAAUAACAUGAAUAGCCUCCCAGUUAUUUGCAUAUUGAACAGGAGCCUGCCAAUCACAUGUAGUACUCAAAUUUGGAAAGUUACCAAGAGGAUGGGGAAAUAAUUAAAACUAGGAAUCUUACUAUGUAGGAAAGACUGUUUUACAACUAAAUUGAGAACAAGUCAGUAACAUACUAAAAGGGAAAGUAGGAUGUCUUCUCAAGAUCGCUCACUUUCAUUUUGACUGAAUCACAUUUUGCCAUUUUCGCAAAUAAAAUGUUUUUGGUCACUUUU